AUGGCCCCCGAAAUGGUUCGAAGAGAGCCUUACGGAAAGGCGGUGGAUGCUUGGAGUUGUGGUCUCCUUCUGUUCACCUUGCUCAGCGGUUCAUUGCCAUUUUAUGGAACGCGUGACGUUCUCUUCACACAGAUUGUAUCGGGGAGGUACCACUUUCAACCGAAGGUGUGGAACAUGAUCUCAACGGAGGCCAGGGAUCUCGUUAUGCGUUUACUGGAACCGGAUCCAGUUCGGAGAAUGUCGAUAGAGGAGGCUCUUCAUCACCCUUGGAUUAGUCAGAAAGCACGGGCUUCGAAGACGCAUUUGCACGAGACUGUGGAGGAGAUGCGACGCUUCAAUGCGAGGAGAAGACUCAAAAGUGCUAUUCUGGCUGCAGUCUCUAGUACCAAAUGGGCCAGUUUCUACACUGAAGGAGAGACGGGAGAUAACCUGGAUUCUCUGGAGGAGGAUGACGAAGUUACUUCCGCAGCUGUGAGCGCCGUGCUGGACAGUUUAGAGGAAAUGCAAUGCUUAACUGGCUGUUCUGAAAAGGAUGCAGAUCUUUUUCAAUCCGUGUUCGAAGAUGAGCACUUACAUUGCUUCCUUGAGUAUGUCUUCUUGAUUUCUAGCUUCCUGCAACCGAUGGCGUGUCGUGCUCUUCACUAUGUAUUCAAGGUUGGAGAUAGGGGAAAGUGUGUUGGAUUCUUGAAAGACGUGUUGGGUAUGAAGAUUUUGCGUCAUGAGGAAUUCACCGAGGGCUGCGAAGCAUCCUGUAACGGGCCGUACGAUGGGAAAUGGAGCAAAACUAUGGUUGGCUACGGUCCUGAAGAUACCCAUUUUGUUUUGGAACUGACGUACAAUUACGGAGUUGGGUCUUAUAAAUUGGGCAACGAUUUUCAGUACAUUCGCAUCGAUCUCCCUGAAGCCUUCGAUCGGGUAGCACGUGGCCAUUGGCCCACAUUAUCCGCGUCGAAUGAAUGCGUGGAAGUCGAGAUGCCUGGAGGAUAUCGUUUCCAAAUACAUAACCAAAACCCACAAGCGGAUCCUGUCCGGCUAGUUGCGUUGUCUUCCUCCGACUUACAACGCUCGGUUGACUAUUGGUCAGGGCUUUGCGGCAUGCGAUUGGUGUCUCGCACCUCGACGGAUGCGACACUAUGCUUUGAGCAGGAGCAAUGUCAUCUGAAACUCAUCUCCAUUCCAUCUCAGGUAGAGCACGCUAGUGCUUUUGGUCGCAUCGCAUUUGCAUGUCCUAGAGAUCAGCUCUUGCCCAUUCAACAGUUAAUGGAUGACAAAAAGCAAACAGUGCUAAAGAGACUAGUCAGUUUGGAUACACCUGGAAAAGCUACCGUUGAAGUGGUCAUUUUGGCUGAUCCGGAUGGACAUGAGAUUUGCUUUGUGGGCGAUGAAGCGUUUCGUCAGUUGUCUCAAGUCGACCCCCAUGCGGAUCGUUUGCUUUCUGAGGCGAUGUCACAGGAUCAGAGCGAUGCGUGGUUCCAGGAACGUGGCGGGAAAGGUCUCCAGUGAUCAUGGGUCACCAACUGCGUAUUUGAUUUUGACUUACCAAUCGAGGUGUUAUUUUUGUACUGAUUUUGGCAACUUGGGUUGAUUGCUUUUUUUCACCCAUUGUGCUUAUUUCUACUUGCCCCUCAGUAUGUUUUUGACGGCAAUUAAAGCUCCUCAAAUCCGCAUACUCUUAUUACAUGUCUUCAAUAUUUCGGCUAUUUGUUUUGUGAGCUUCCACCGCAACAAUCU